ACUCACACCGCGGCAGCAGCCAACCGCCGACGGCCAUGGGCUUCCCCGGCGGCGAACCCCCUACGCUACCGUUGCCGACGCUCGUUAAGCUCGGUCGCGCGAUCACCGAGCAGCAUGUGGACCGAAUGCUCGCGGCGCUCCUCCGCCGCCGCAGGCACCGUCUCGUCGGCGCCCUCGCCUCCCAGGCGCUCGCCAACUCCCUGCGCCCCACCGCCCGCACCCACCUCCUUGCCGCCUCCGCGCUGCUCGACUCCGCGCUCCCCCAUGACGCCGCUCGGCGUCUCGCUCUCGCCGGGUCGGCGUCGUCAUCCCGUCGCCUCUGGGACGCGCUGCUCCGCCGGGCCUGCGCCCAGCGUGGCGACCCUCGCCUUGCGCUGGAGCUGCUCUCCGCUGGUGUAGAGGAUCACGGAGCUGUCCUUUCCCCGUCCACCUAUCGUGCGAUUAUAUCUGAGUUGUGUGCCCGUGGGGACAUGGCCGGGGCGCUCAAGGUGUUCGAUAUAAUGACAGCGAGGGGGUGUCAGGUCGACGACCGUGUUUGUAGUGCGAUCAUUUCUGGCUUCUCCAAGGCCAGCAAGGCCGAGGCUGGCUUGGAGUUCUACAAUAGAGUGAGGAAGGAGGUCAGAGGGUUUGAGCCAGGCCUGGUGACACUGACUGCGGUUGUGAGUUUGCUCGGGAGGCAGGGGAGAAUUGGUGACGUGGCUGAGCUGAUAAGGGAGAUGGAACGGAAGGAUAUGGUGGGUGAUGCGAUGUUCUAUAGUAGCUUGGUUCAUGGAUACAUGAGCAGUGGCCUGUUGAUGGAAGGGUUGCGGGAGCAUCGGCUGAUGUUAGACAAGGGUGUUGCAGCUGAUGUGGUUAAUUACACUAUUGUUAUUGAUGGGAUGUGUAGAGAAGGUAGUGUGGAGAAAGUGAAGGGGUUCAUAGAUGAGAUGGAGCGACGGGGUGCUAAGCCGAAUUUGAUCACUUAUACGUCACUUGUUGGUGGUUACUGCAAGAGGAAUAGGCUAGAGGAUGCCUUUUCCAUAGUGAGGAAACUUGAACAAACAGGUGUAGUGGUGGAUGAGUAUGUAUAUUCAAUUUUAAUCGACAGUUUGUGCAAAAAGGGGGAUUUGGAUAAGGCUGUCUCUUUGCUUGGAGAGAUGGAGAGCAAGGGGGUAAAAGCUGGGACAGUGACAUACAAUGCAGUAAUAAAUGGUUUGUGUAAGGCUGGUGAAACUACCAAGGCCGCGGAAAUGUUUGAAGGUGUUACUGCUGAUAAUUUCACAUAUAGCACUCUGUUACACGGUUACAUUAAGGAAGAGGAUACGACCGGUGUUAUGGCGAUAAAGGCUAGGCUCGAGAGUAGUGGGAUUGCACUUGACGUUGUCACAUGCAAUGUACUUAUCAAAGCAUUAUUUGUGAUCAAGAAGGUGGAUGAUGCCUGCAGCUUGUUUCAUAGAAUGCGUGAUAUGGGCUUAAGCCCUAAUACCGUCACCUAUCAUACACUCAUAGACAUGAUGUGUAAACUUGGGGAUUUUGAUAGGGCAGUUGAGUUGUUUGAUGAGUACAAGAAAGAUACAUCAUUCUCCAGUACUGUUGUUCACAAUGGCCUGAUUGGAGCACUAUGUAAUGGAGGAAAGGUCACCAUUGCUGAUCAAGUCUUCUAUGAUCUCAUUCAUAAAAAACUAAGGCCUGAUUCCUGUACUUACAGGAAGUUGAUUCAUGCAAAUUUCAAAGAAGGUGGUGAAGAAGGUGUGCUAAAUUUCAUUCGUAAGAUGGAUGAACUAGAAAUGGACUUGUUUUCAUCUGUUUGCAAUUAUGCUUCUGAUUUCUUAAGCAGCAGGGAUUGUUGCCAGGCAGCAUUAUAUGUUUACAAGAUACUCAGAACACAAGCCUUUGCUGUAUCAAGCAAAACAUUCUACAGGCUACUCAAGAGCUUACUCCGCAAUGGAAAUGAACAGGUCGUAGAACCAUUGUUAAGUGAGUUCAUUAAGAUCCAUGGCCUGCAUGAACCUAGAAUGAUUAAUAUGCUGUCUUGCCACCUCAGCAAGAAGGGUGUUGGUGAAGCUAUUCGGUUUUCAAGUAACAUGAACAGUGGCAGCAUUCCUAUCAGUGUUCUAAGAGGAGCUGUCUUUGCACUAAAGAAAGAAGGUGAAAUUAUGGAUGCAUAUAAUUUUCUCAAGGAAGCUGAACAAAGUGGGUUUUCUGUGGAUCUUGCCAUGUACUCUAUAGUAGUGGAGGGCCUUUGCAAAGGUGGUUAUCUUGUGAAGGCAUUAGACUUGUGUGAAAGCAUGAAAAGAGAAGGGAUUCAUCCAACCAUUAUCAUCCAUAACUCUGUUCUCAGUGGUUUGUGCCAGCACGGAUGCUUUACUGAAGCAUUCAGGCUCUUUGAUUACUUAGAAAGAAGCGACAUUCUUCCAACAAUGAUAACUUACAGUAUACUUAUAGGUGCUUUGUGCAGAGAAGGUUUCUUAGAUGAUGCAUAUGAAUUGUUUCAGAAAAUGUCCAACAAAGGUAUCAGACCCACUACCCGUGUUUACAACAUGUUAAUAAGUGGUUACUGUAACUAUGGUUUAGCUGAAAAAGCGCUUGAGCUUAUGUCUCGUUUUGAGAAGCUUUGUCUACAUCCGGAUGCUUUUACACUCGGCGCAGUUAUUUGUGGGCAUUGUUUGAAAGGUGACACUGAAGCUGCAUUAGGCUUCUUUAAUGAAUACCAUUGUAAGGAGAUGGCCCCAGAUUUUGUUGGAUUUAUGAGCCUGGUCAAAGGGCUCUAUGCAAAAGGAAGGAUGGAAGAGUCCAGGGGCAUCUUGAGGGAGAUGUUUCAGUCCAAACAAGUUGUUGAGCUAAUAAACAGCGUAGGAUAUGAGGUUGAAACAGAAUCUCUUGUUGCUCUUCUGUCUUCUGCAUGCGAGGAAGGGAAGAUCGAUGAGGUUGUGACUAUCCUAAGUGAAGUGAGACUCAUGUCUGUAUCCUCUUCAGAUUCGAAUAGUUCUAAUACACUUGGUCAGCUCAAGAAGCUGCAGAGAACUGAUGAUGCUUGUGAUCCUAGAACAGAUUCAGAACAAGUUGCCGAUUUUGAUGUUUCUAGCAAUUGCCUCCACGGAAGUUCCCAAAGCACACUGCAGCCCAUGACAGAGAGAACUGAUACUUUAUGCACAGGAAGUGAUAAUACUGAUAUUGACAAUGGCAAUUUGCUAGGGAAGUCUUUCUAUGACGACUUUGAUACAUAUUAUCCUGCUAUUGCUUCCCUUUGCUCGAAAGGGGAGCUGGUUAAGGCCAAUAAGGCAAUUGAAGCAAUGAUUCGGAAUUCUGGUUAAGUUUGGUGACCGGUGCAAUCUGUUAGGGAAGUUCUUCUGGCCCAUUGCAUCAUCUUCUGUAAGCAAAGCAACUCUCGUGAAGCAAAUAUUUGUUGACAUCAUUGACCAUCCUGGCAGUUGGCAACAGAAGAUCUUGUACACUGGGUAGGGCAUGAGAAAGGAGGAAACCAGUGGCACUUCUUCGUGCAAGAAAUGCACUUAAACGGCUAAUCAGAUCAACUGAGGGUAGUAAACUACUAGUAGAGCUACCAAGGCUUGGUGAUAAAAAAAAACACCACACGAGAGAAAAUGGUGCAAACAGAAAGCUUGUAAGAGCAAUGGACCUGCAGAUGAUAAAUCUUGAAGUCAGCACAGCUGGAGUACCACGAGAGCUGUUGAACAAUAGGUGGAUGUGUGCCAUGAGUGGAAUUUGGAAGUGAGAACUUGGAACUAUGUUCAGCAAGUAUCAUUGUAGCGGUGUAGAAAAAUGUAAAGGAUACUACAGGAAAGAUGAAACAGAGACCUUGACAAAGCAGUCAUGGAAAUGCAGCCUGACCAAGGAUGCUGCCAUCCUGGUCUCCUGGGCAACAGCCUGCGCCACGAUGGAUUGCACAAUCUCCUUUGCCUUCGGGCAAGAGUGGUCGUAAAACUGUGGGAACAAGCCGUACCAUGGGUUGGCACGUACAACACCAGCAAGGAGGGGACAGACAAGGCAUAGCACCAGCAGGCAACUCAUGGAAGUCGCCAUGGAUUUUUUUAUAUUGGUCAUCAUGGGAACAGGGAUUCGUAUCCCACGCCUUUGUGGAUAAAAGUAUGCCGCUACAGCAGCGUGGUGCCUUAAAAGAAAUGCAGGUUUUCUAGAUGAAGGGUCAAAGGAGAUGUGCGAUAUUGUACCAACUUUGGAGGCACAGGAUGCGUGAUGAAUCUGCGUUAGGUACUUGCAUGGCCUACAUUGAUUGAUGCCGGGAGCAGGUUCCUGGAAGUACUUUCAACUGUUCCUAAGUUUUGUCACUGGGCCCAGCAGCCUUGUUUCUCUGCACAGCACAUAGCAGUGGCCGUUUCUUGAAGAAAACAACAGCUGUGGUUGUUACUGCCAGAGAGUCAGAGAUUCAGGGACUUUGCAUAUGACUUGCAGGUAUGCUUAUGCUACGUGUGUGCGUGGGAACCGUUUUCUGGUUUAGAAAGAAAAGUACAUAAAUGUGGAGACCAAUUUGUGACCUAGCACUGUCAUAUAUUCUUUUUUUUGCAAAUUAAUAUCCUAGCUAAACUAACACGGACAGAAUGAGCAUAAAGAAAAUUCAUAGUAGCUAGGAGUUUUCAAGUUCAUAUCUAGCAGCAGUUUCAUUGUGUCGAUGUUGAACAUGAGAUUCCUCCCCUUGGCAUGUAUCCCUACUGCUAAAAAACCUUGGGAGGAAACUAAAGCGAUAUAAGAGUGCCUGCUCAUUUGACUUCUGCUGUUAGGAGGAUCCUGAGUCAUAAUUGUUUCCUAUUCCCUUUCCCCCCAUUCUCCUCCUGCAAUCAACUCUCAACUCCACACCAAUCAUGCUUACUGUAGAAGUAAAAGGCAAAUCUUGAACAGGUCCCACAUGUUUCUUAGAAGUUAACCAACACAGAUUUUCCAAUGUAAUUGGCCAAUGAUUUCUUACAACUUGUUCCCUGAAUAAAGGACUUUACACUGAAUGAUUGAUUAGAGAGUGCCUUAAUGUAUUGUCUGAUCUUCCCUUUACCAACCCCGGUCUGCUUAAGCAAGCUUUUGUAGAAAGAGAACAUUAUUAAGCAAAGCUCUUUCAAAGUACUCUGUUUUUUCUCAUUAUCAUAUUUGGCUUCCCUAUGAUGUUACUUGACAGUUUUACUAGGUGAAAUCUACUUUUCUUGAUGUUAAACAUACUCAGUUAAGCAUAGAAGACUUUUGACCUGUGUUAUGAAAAAGGGCAAGUAUUUAAUCAGAUACAUUAGCAUAGACGCCUUGCUGAUCAUCGUUAUCAUAACAGUAGCUUAUACUGGUAGCCAAGUUGAUCACUGCUUUGUUGAAUAUCAGAGAAGGCCCUUAGCUUCCAAGACAUGGUUAAAAUUUAUUUCCAUGCUUUCCUUUUUCUUUUUGUGAAGUGUAGUUGGCUUGACUAAGGAGCUUUGUGAUUCUGGAAACCAGCACUUUAAGCAAUGCGCUGUGUGAAUAUUUGACACCGUGGCUGCGUAUCUGCUAUGCCAAGUUACAUUGCGUAAAAAGGAAGAUAAACGUAUAAAAGAAGUAAAUUUGGAGAAAAAGGAAAGAUAUACAUAGUGUAUUAUGAAUAUACAGAACGAUGCGGUUAUUCCGCAGCUUAGAACAAAUCUUAGUCACACUUCAAUUUGGCAAUAAAUUAGGCCCUGUCGUUACGAAUGCGGUUAUAUCCUGCUCUCACUAUAUGUAGUAAUAUACUCCUCUCUUAUAUUUGAUUUCCAUGGCAAUCGGAUACACGUGUGACAUACUUACUUUUACUUGUGUCAUGCUGCCGAGGCUUGCUGAAGCAAUUAUGAAACGUUCUGGAAUUUCCUUGAAUCUUCCUGGACAUCUUGGAGCUUGCCUAAUCACCCUCGGAAAUAAUAUGGAACUACUUUUUGUACAUGCAUAUCAAACAUGUGUUUGAAAGUUCAUACAACUUGUUAUGUUUUUGGGACUCCAGUUAAAUCUAUAAACACAUAACAGUUCAUCAGGCUUGCACUAGGGUUUUGGCGGGUGCCAAGCACUUGAGUAUUGUAAUGCCGUGAGAGUAAUUUUCCUUCGUUUGCCGCUUGCGGCUUCUGUCUAAAACCUUCUUCCUUAAUCAAUGAAAUGGCAAGUUUUUUGCCUCGUUUCAAAAA